UCAGCCUAGCAGACAGCUCUGUCCUCCUCUCUCCAGCCACUGAGGCACAAUGAUACCAUUAAGGAUUUUAAUUUUCACAUAUGUAAUGCUCCCAUGGAUAGUGUCUUCUGCAGCAAAGGGUGAAUACAUGGAAGCAAGAACACCUGCAAAAGCUACGGUACGUGCGUCGGACUAUGGCGUCCUGCAAGACACAGAUACUGAUGGUGGAGUACUUCCAAAAGCAGAAGUUUUGCCAACAUGUCUACUGUGCGUUUGUCUGAGUGGAUCAGUUUACUGCGAGGACGUGUCCCCUGACAUGUCAGCCGUGCCAACCCUGCCAAAAGAAACGGCGUAUCUCUAUGCUCGCUUCAACAAAAUCACAAAAAUACACAGGGAAGACUUUGCAGACACAGCUACUUUAAGAAGAAUUGACUUGUCUGGGAAUCUCAUCUCUGAGAUAGAAGACGGAUCUUUCUCAAAACUUCCCAAUCUUGAGGAGCUCAAACUCGCAGAAAACAGACUGACCAAACUUCCCAUGCUGCCAUCCAAGCUAGUAACUUUUAAUGCCAAUUUCAACAGGCUUAAAAACCAGGGUGUAAAGGCAAAUGCUUUUAAAAAACUCACGAGACUGGCAUACCUUUAUCUCGGAGACAAUGAACUGACAGCCGUCCCCCAUCUUCCAGAGUCUCUUUACGUUGUUCAUCUGCAUAACAACAACAUCUCAACAAUAACAGAUGAGACAUUCUGCAAAGGAAACACAAGCCACUACAUUCGGACCAACAUGUACGAGGUGAGACUGGAUGGGAACCCCCUGAAGCUGUCGGAGCACCCUAACAGCUUCAUCUGUCUGCAGUCUCUCCCUAUUGGCUGGUACAAGUGAAACACAAAAGAAACUGAGGCAGACUUUGUGAGUCAGUUCUAGAGCCCGACCAAUAUAGGAUUUUUAAAACUGAUACCAAUAAUUGGAUAUUUAAAAAUCUGAUAUAUCUGCCGAUAUUUUUUUUCCUUUUGGGCAGACAAAACAAAGAUUUCCCUGGCAUUUCUUAUUUCUAGUUAUUUAUGAGUCCUUACUAAGGUAAUGUGACAAAGUUGUGGAUUUACAUUCUGUCCGACUCUGCUCAAAUCAGCUGGCUGUUGUGUUCAUCACAUUUCGAACAUAUGCUGCCAACAGGAAAGUUGGGGUGUGUCCUCUGAUGGCCAAGCUAUGCAACAUCAUAAUGCCUCUUCUUUACUUGUUAAUGAAAUGUGUCGCUAUGCACGUAUCGGCAGAUAGCCAAUAUCGGCUGAUAAUAUCAGCUGGCCGAUAUAUCGGUCGGGCUCUAGUGAGUUCUUGGUAAAGUGAAGGAGAGUGGGAUUAAGAUGCACAGUUAGUGCACAGAAAAAAAUAUAAAUAAUGAAAAAUAAAGUUCUUAAGCGACAUUUUUAUAGUGAUACAUAUAUCGCACAGUUGAAAACUUACACAAUUAGAAAGCUUUUAUAACAAAAAGAUUUGAUCAACAAAUGAAACAGUGUGUUUUUUGUUUAACCUGUUAGCAGUCGGA